AUGAAGUUAGCAACAUUUCCUCAUUGCGUGCUGUUGUUGUUCACUACAAGCUUGGUGCAAGAUUGCCAAAAAUAUCGUUACCAGACGAUCAACACAGCGGAGGCGAUUCCACUGACAUUGAAUCCGUCGCCGAUUAUAUUCCAAACGUUCAACUGUUUCAAAUCCGUUAGCUUGAUUGUAGGUGGCGAGGAGGCCAAGAAAGGCGAGUUUCCACAUCAUGCUCUGCUUGGUUAUCCGAAGGAGGAUUUUCCGGAUCAGUUUGAAUUCAAAUGUGGUGGAUCACUGAUUAGUGAACGAUUUGUUCUCACGGCAGCUCAUUGCAUGAGAUCUGGCCGACCAAAAAUCGUUCGUUUGGGUGAACAUGACCUACGAAAUGAGGAGGGCAAUCGGGCCGAUAUCGGAAUAGAAUCUACAAUGAGACACCCGCACCAUAAGUUUUCAUUAUCUUACCAUGAUAUCGCUUUGAUCAAGCUCAACCAACGGAUUCCAUUUUCGCCGUAUAUACGACCAGCAUGUUUGUGGGAUGAUAUGCACUUCAAUGUUUCCUCAGCGAUUGCUACUGGGUUUGGAUAUACCGAGUUUUUGGGUGCCCAUCCAUCCGAUGUACUACGCAAAGUUCAACUGGAUUUCCUGGAGAAAGAAGUAUGUCAGGGGCAGUUUUUAGGAAUGAAAAAAUUCUCCAUAGGUAUUCAAGACGGACAACUGUGCAUUGGCAGCAAGCGUAAAGGCAGAGACACUUGUGAGGGGGACUCCGGUGGUCCGUUGCAGAUCAUAACGGAGCCAAAGGGUUGCAUAUACUACGUGCUUGGAGUAACUUCUGUUGGUACCGGGUGUGGUACGGGAGUAUCGCCUGCUGUAUACACCAGUGUUGCCAGUUAG